AUGACAUCAAUUAUAGAAAUACCAAGCAUAACUUUAGAAAUAGAUAACAUAGAAACAUUAGUAACAAUCAAAUCUUUUCUUGGAGAAGUUUCUGAUAUUUUUAAAAAUAUAGUUCAAAUCAACGAAAAUGCACAAUAUAAUAAAAAUAUAUCGAAAGCUAUUUUAUGUCAUUUAUUAUCUACAGAAGCAGUUAUAAAAUCUUUAUUUGUUCAAAAAGAACAAUUUAAAAAAGAAUUAACAAAUUCAAAAUGUCAAGAAUCGUUAUAUAAAGUUUUAAUUAUCUUGGGAAAAAUAAAAGAUUUUGCAAGUCAAGUAACGCAAUUAAGAGGACUCGGAAGAUGGGUCGAUAAUAUUCAGGCUAUAGGAAAGAAUUACAGAGAGUUAAUGAAAGAAUAUGAAGAUAGUUUGAACGUUUUAAAGUUUAUAAUAAGAAAAAUUGAUGAUGAAUGUUUAAAAAAUGACAUUGAAGAGACGAGAAAGUUCCUGGAAGAUUAUUCUAAUUAUCAUAAAGGGCAAACUAAUAUUCUUUAUCAAGAAAUUAAAUCUAUCAAAAGUAAACCUGAUUACAAUCAUUGUUUAAUAGAUAUACGAACAAUUGAUUCAAAUUUAUUACUUGAAAGUUCUGACAAAGAACGUCGUGGAAAAUUAGGCCAUAUCAUUAAAAUGGUUUACAAAGAUUCCACCAAUGUAGCAUGUAAAAGAAUUGAUUCUCAUGAUGCGGAACUAUUACAUGGUGAAUUAGCAAUUCAAAAAAGACUAGUUGAUUGUCCAAAUAUUCUAAAAUUUUAUGGGCUCUCAGGGGAAAAACGGAAUAUCAUGGUCUAUGAGUGGGCUGAAAAAGGAAGUCUAAAAGAAUUAUAUGAAAAAGAAAACAUCACAUGGUCGUUAAAAGCUCAAAUAGUUUUUGGAAUUUGUAAAGGAAUCACGUUUCUGCAUUCUGUUGGUAUUUUUCAUCAUCAUAUUCGGUGUGAAAAUGUGAUGAUGACGGAUCAUUAUGAGCCAAAACUUGUUUUUGAUGUUUCUUUUAGAAAAGCAAGCACUAUGGUUAUUGACUUUUCAACAAUGUAUAAUUGGUCAGCGCCUGAAAAAAUGGCCAAAGAUAGUAAAACUUGUGAAGCUUAUCGUAAAACGUACACACAAGAAUAUGGAUUUAAAGAUUUAAUUCAGAAAGCAUGGAAUCAUUAUCCAAAAGAAAGAAUCAGUAUAAAUACAUUAUAUUUAAGACUUUUAGAAUUAUCUUCAAUUGAUGAAAAAUCAUCAUCUCUGAUAACUGCUGACUCUUGCAACAAUAAUGGAUUAGCAAUACAUGAAGAUAAUCCUAAUAUACCCGAAAUUUUAACAAUUACUGAAGGAAUUAAGCUUCAUAGAUCCAAGAUACCUGAAAACAGAGAAAGAGCAUGGAAAUGCUUUGAAUAUAAUGCAAAACUUAAGUGUUCAAUUAGCAUUUAUUGGAAAGGAUUCUAUUUAUGGGAAGGACUUUAUCCAGCUGGAGCAGAAAGGUCAAAGGAACAGAAGGAUAAAGAUGCAACAGAAGCUUGUGAAUUGUUUAAAAUGGCUGCUGAUGAGGGUGUACCGGAUGCAUGCUUUUGGUAUGCAUAUACAUUACCAAGAAUUAAUGACAAUAGAGAAAAGUUUUUAUAUCAUUUGAAUAAAGCGGUAGAAAAUGGAAAUGCUUCUGCAUUAUAUAUUUUAAGUGAUAUUUAUUUGCAUGGGAAGAUGCAAGUUAAUGUGGAUAAGCAAAGGGGUUUAAGUUACCUAAAGUUGGCAGCUUUUAAGGGUCAUAUAAAAGCCAAUGAAAAGCUUAAAAAUUUGGAUACGACCAUGCUUGACGCAGAAUUAUAA